AUGGCUUCUCCUUCUCCGUUAUCACUUCACUCCACAGUACCUUCUUCUUCAUCGUCUUCCAACUUCAAAUCCACAAUCACUCAGCUCUCACACCCCACAACACACUUUCUCCUCCUAAGAACCCUUCAUCCUCUUUCCUCUUCUCUUAAUAUCACCUCAUCCAAGCCUAUCUGUACCUACGCCGUCCCCAAUGCCAAAAGCCACGGAGUCUCUCGUCGCUACGGCGGACCCUCCGAGCGUGAAGGCCCAAGGUAUCCGAACAAGCUCCAACCUUCAGAGAGGCGCAAGAAGAGCCAACUCCAACGGCCGAAUGAGCCCAAUUCCAACGACCAUCGGUUGAACAAUCAAAAUGAAAGCGACCCAUUUCACGGUCGCCAGCAGAAUGUUGAUUUGAUAGCUCUUUGUCACCAGGGUAAGAUCGAAGAGGCGUUAAAGUAUAUUGACGAAGGCGUUUCUGCUGAUUACAACGUUUUUUGUGCGCUAUUGGAUUCAUGUCGCGACUCCAAGUCGUUUGAACUCGGCAAAAAAGUCCACGAGUUCUUGAAGCGGUUUACGUUCCGUGGCGAUAUGGAAUUAAGCAAUAAAUUAAUUGAAAUGUAUGGGAAAUGUGGGAGUAUGAAAGAUGCACGCAAGGUGUUUGAUAGAAUGACUGAGCGAAGUGUGAGCUCGUGGAAUUUGAUGAUUAAUGGGUUAGCAGCGAAUGGGCAAGGUAAUGAUGGGAUUCUAUUGUUUGAAGAAAUGAAGAAGGUAAGAUUGAACCCAGAUAAGGAAACCUUUCUGGCGGUUUUGGCUGCUUGUGCCAGUGCUGAAGCUGUGGAAGAAGGGUUUGUAUACUUUGAAGAAAUGAAGAAUGAAUAUGGAACUAUGCCUGAAAUUGAGCAUUACAUGGGGGUUAUUGAUAUUCUUGGGAAAUCAGGUCAUUUGAAUGAAGCAGAGGAGUUCAUUGAGAAAAUGCCAUUUGAGCCUACUUUUGAAGUUUGGGAGGCUAUUAGGAAUUUUGCUCGAAUCCAUGGGGAUCUGGAACUUGAAGACCAUGUUGAAGAGUUAUUGGUUAGUAUUGAUCCUUCUAAGGUCAAUGAGGAUAAAAUCCCAUUGCCUCAGAGGAAGAGGUCUUCAGUGACAAACAUGCUUGAGGAGAAGAACAGGGUCAGUGAGUUUCGCUGUUCUAGUCCUUACAAGGAAGAGGCAUACCAGAAAUUGAAAGGUUUAAAUGGGCAGAUGAAGGAAGCAGGGUAUGUGCCUGAUACAAGAUAUGUGCUUCAUGACAUUGAUGAGGAAGCAAAGGAGCAGGCCCUGCAGUAUCAUAGCGAGCGCCUCGCCAUUGCUUAUGGUUUGAUUAGUACUCCCCCAAGGACAACUCUUAGAAUUAUGAAGAACCUCCGGAUCUGUGGUGAUUGCCACAAUGCAAUAAAAAUCAUGUCCAAAAUUGUUGGAAGGGAACUGAUAGUACGAGAUAACAAGCGGUUCCACCAUUUCAAGGACGGAAAAUGCUCCUGUGGUGAUUACUGGUGAAGACAAUGUAAGCACAAUUGAUAGAGAUUUCCACUAGUAAGUUUGGCAAGAAAUUUACUAGUGUUGUACCAAGAAAGAGCAUACACAAGUUUUGGCUUGAAACUUACUCAGCAGCGGUGUAAGUUAACAAAAUGCUUGGUUGUAAAUCAUUCUUGUAACUUUUUUAGUCACCAUUUAAUAUAGCAAGUUUAUUAUGUGCA